UAAUGUUAAAAAUAAACUUUUUUAACAGAUAGCCGGUACUUUGGUGCUAAUAGAAGGUGUUUCUCAGGAUUAAUUACCUGAAAACCAGAACCAGAUUCACAAACUUCUUCACUCUCCGUGAAAGACCAUCAACUCCAUGACUACAUACACAACAGCAGCAUCACCACCACCAGAUAGGGACCCUUCAUCGUCCUCAGAUGAAGAAUCGCCGCCAUCUUCCUCGCUAACAUUCGACAAGGAACGCCACGUGGCCUUCUUGGAGAUGAUGUACCAUAUGUUACCUUACCAUUACCAAUCACAGGAGAUCAACCAUCUCACUCUCGCCUACUUCGUUAUCUCCGGUCUCGACAUCCUCGGUUCCCUUGAUCGCGUUGACAAAGAUGCGGUUGCUGCUUGGGUUUUAUCUUUGCAAUCUAAUCCCGAAGAUAAAGCUGAAUUGAACGGUGGACAGUUCUAUGGGUUUUGUGGCUCUAGAUCUUCUCAAUUUUCUUCGGACAACGAUGGGAUUUUAAUUCACAAUCACAGCCACUUGGCAAGCACGUAUUGUGCCCUAUCCAUACUGAAGACUGUUGGCUACAAUUUGUCCAGUAUCGACUCCAAAUUAAUAUCCAUGUCAAUAAGAAACCUCCAGCAACCUGAUGGGAGCUUUCUGCCUAUCCAUAUUGGAGCAGAGACAGAUCUUCGAUUCAUAUACUGUGCUGCGGCCAUCUGUUUUAUGUUGGAGGAUUGGAGUGGCAUGGAUAGGGAAAAAACCAAGGAUUACAUCUUCAAAUGCCAGUCAUAUGACGGUGGUUUUGGGAUGAUUCCUGGUUCAGAAUCUCAUGGUGGAGGAACUUACUGUGCAGUUGCUUCUCUUUCUUUGAUGGGAUGUAUUGAAGAUGAUGUCCUGUCAAAAAGUGCAGCUUCUUCCAUCAUUGACAUUCCAUUGUUGUUGGAAUGGUGCUUACAGAGACAAGCAGCUGACGGUGGAUUCCAAGGGAGAGCUAACAAGCCUAGCGACACAUGUUAUGCAUUUUGGGUUGGGGCAGUUCUGAGGAUCUUAGGUGGAUCCAAGUUGAUUGAUGGAACAGCUUUGCGGAGAUUUUUGCUUUCUUGUCAAUCUGAGGUCUUCCCUGAUACACUGAAAAAUGGAAACUGAUUGGCUGGUGAUGAAAGCUGACCAGAAUGGAGGAUAUAUUGGUUACUUACUGAAAACUCCUAGGGGAAACCUACAUUUGUAGUUCUGUCAAAAAAUCAAAGAAAAUGCAGAGGUAAAAAGUACAGUGUGAUGCAUAAGAUGUCAAACCAGCGACCAAUCAUGCUCAUAUAUGUGAAUUGUCAAGAGCCAUGGGAAUAAUUUCUUUGUUCUCCCUUGAUGCAUAUCUACUAGGUGAUGAUAUUAUUUUUGGAUUCUAAUGUUCUUUUG